AUGGCAACUGCAGAUGUGCAAACAGCCCCUGGAUCAUCACUUGACGUAUUUUCCAAAACAGCUGCCGAAGUCGACGUGAGAGAAAUUAGCCCAGCACUCGCAUCCAACCACCGGUAUCUUAUCCAAUCGCCAUACACGGAACGUGAGCAUUUGCUUGACCUCGACACUCUUGACAACGAAAAUGAGCUCCUCGCUCGAGCCUUGAGUCAACUUCGAGUUCUUCGCGACGACUAUGCGACAGCCCCAUACACAGAAUCCUUCAACUGGCCAGAGGUGAUCGAAGAAGUGAAACGUCUUGCGGUCGAAUCUGGAAAACCCUUCAAAGAAACAUCGUUCUAUAUCGUGGCAUUCCGAUCACGAAUCAAGAAGGAGACCGAGUAUGCUGACCUGGGUGUUCUCGACAAGGGAGCACACGCUGAGGCCGUGGCGAGUGGUGGAUUCCUGAAAUACUGGUUUGGUGAACCUGACUCAGAGUUGGCCAACUUGGCGACUUGUGUCUGGCGUUCGCGGGAAGAUGCUAAGAAUGGCGGUACAGGCCCAGCCCAUCGCAAGGCUGCUGGAGCAACUCGCUCCUUGUACGCAUUCUGGAGAAUUGAUCAACAUCGACUUGUGAUUCGGGACAAUGCCGAGAGCUGGGAGAUCAUCCCCUGGCAGGAUUAG